AUGUAUGCUGGCGGUCCGAUCAGCAGUAUCCUGGUGAACAGGUAUGGCAGUCGCCCAGUCAUGAUUGUUGGUGGCUGCUUGUCGGGUUGUGGCUUGAUUGCGGCUUCGUUCUCCAGCACUGUACAGGAACUUUACUUGUAUGUUGGAUUCAUUGGAGGUCUUGGGCUUGCCUUCAACUUGAAUCCCGCUCUGACCAUGAUUGGCAAGUAUUUCUACAAGAGGCGACCGUUGGCAAAUGGACUGGCCAUGGCUGGCAGCCCUGUGUUCCUCUCCACCCUGGCCCCCCUCAAUCAGGCUUUCUUUGGUAUCUUUGGCUGGAGAGGGAGCUUCCUAAUUCUCGGGGGCCUCCUCCUAAACUGCUGUGUGGCUGGAGCCCUGAUGCGACCAAUAGGGCCCCCAGCGACAAGUGUGGGGAAAGACAGGUCCAAAGAACCCCAUCAGGAACCUGGAAAAUCUGAUGUAGAAAAGGGCGCAGGUGAUGCAAAUACAGACUUUAAUGGUGGAAACCCCAAAGAGGAGAAACAAUCCGUUUUUCAAACAGUGAACAAAGUUAUGGACUUAUCCCUUUUUACCCACAGAGGCUUUCUACUGUACCUUUCUGGGAAUGUGAUCAUGGCUUUUGGGAUGGCUACUCCUUUAGUUUUUCUUAAUAGUUAUGCCAAGAGUCAACAUUACUCUAGUGAGAAGUCUGCCUUCCUUCUUUCCAUUCUGGCUUUUGUUGACAUGGUAGCUAGACCUUCUAUGGGACUUGUAGCCAACACCAAGUGGAUAAGACCUCGAGUUCAGUAUUUUUUUGCAGCUUCUAUUGUUGCAAAUGGAGUAUGUCAUUUGCUAGCGCCUUUAUCCUCCAGCUACAUUGGGUUUUGUGUCUAUGUGGGCUUCCUCGGAUUUGCAUUUGGGUGGUUUAGUUCGGUGUUGUUUGAAACCCUGAUGGACCUCGUCGGACCCCAGAGGUUCUCCAGUGCCGUGGGAUUGGUGACCAUUGUGGAAUGCUGUCCUGUCCUCCUGGGGCCACCACUUUUAGGUCAACUCAAUGACAUCUACGGAGACUACAAAUACACCUACUGGGCAUGUGGUGUGAUCCUUAUUGUAGCAGGCGUCUAUCUCUUCAUUGGCAUGGGCAUCAAUUACCGACUUAUGGCGAAAGAGCAGAAAGCAGAGGAGCAGCAGAAAAAGGAAAGCAAAGAGGAGAAGCCAAAAGAAGUUAUUCAAGCAAAAGAAUCCGCAGAAUAGAGAAGUCCAUGAGGCCCCAAAGAGGAGAGACAUCCCAUUUGAAUCAUGGAUAAUGAGAGGAACUUUGGACCAAAAUACUUGAAAAAUACUACUGAAUCAUGUUCUAUUAGGGCUGCUCAACAUGGCCGGGGGUUAUUUGUGUGGCUGUCCUCCAGAUGAUGGAGCACAAAGCUAGCUGAGGACAAAGCACAGGUGACACCGUGCAACCUCCCUGACCCCCACUGGUGGGUGCUACACAUGGGACAUUCCUCCAGGAAGCUCCCAACUGUCUCAAUGUUAAUGGCUGACUAGAGGGAAAAACAACCUGAAAUCGACUAUGUCAGGGCCUCCAGUAUCUUGUAAGUCCUCCCUAGCAUAGGAAAGUUCUUUUGAAAACCUCCCUUUCCCUUACCUCCCCCAGCUCCCAAGUAUAUAAUCAACCACCCUACACAACCCCAGGGCAGGGUCCUGUCCCUGUGCUUUAAUAAACCACCAGUUUGCAAGGGAGAGUCUCAAGAUUUCUUUCUUGGUCAUCGGCUCCGGACCUCAUCCCACCAAACCUCACCUAUAUUCAAAGACUACAUCAAUACCAAAGUCCACUGAUGGCAUUUUUAUUUCAUGCCUU